AUUGUAUGUGGCAAACCGCAAAUUCGGUUCUAUCAAUUAUUACAAAUACUUAUGAGAAUACACGAGGAGUUGAAUACUUAGAUAAGAAACCUUAGAUUUAAAACUCAAUAGAGGAAGAAACAAGAAAUAAUUAUAGUGAAGAUGAAGAUUUCAAUUAAGCAGAUAAAGGUAUUAUUAAUAUUAAACAAAGAAUUUGAUCCUAAUUAGUGGAGUUUGAGAAAUUUUGAAAUGGGCAGGUAUUUAGGGAAUGGUAAAUUUGGUCAUGUUUACUUAGCGAGGUAAAUGAUUAUUUUAUAUCAUAUUAGGGAGCGUGAAAGUAAAUUCAUUUUGGCUUUGAAAGUAAUAAGUAAGAGAUAACUUAAUCUAUGUUAAUUAACAGGAUCUUUAACAAGAGAAGUUGAGAUACUAACACAUCUAAAGCAUCCUAAUAUAAUAAAUUUUUAUGGUUUUUUUUAAACAGAGAAACGUGUUUAUUUAAUGUUGGAGUGGGCUCCAUUAGGUGAUUUGUAUGGUUUGAUGAAGAAGUAAUAGAAUAAGAGAUUUAAUGAAAAGAUGGCUUCAAAUAUAAUAAAAUAAAUAACAAUGGCAAUAGGAUAUAUGCAUUCUAUGAAUGUAAUACAUAGAGAUUUGAAACCUGAAAAUAUUUUAUGUUUCAAUGAUGACAUAUUUAAGAUAUCUGAUUUUGGUUGGAGUGUUCAUACUCCAUCAAAUAGAAGGAAGACAUUGUGUGGUACUUUAGAUUACUUAUGUCCAGAGAUGAUUAAUUAUCAACCUCAUGAUAAUAGAGUGGAUGUAUGGACUAUAGGAGUAUUAGCAUAUGAGUUAGUAGUUGGUAAUUUAGAUGAUGAUUAUUAAUUAAUAGGAAGACCACCAUUUGAAUCUCAUAAUGAAAAUGACACCAAAUAAAAGAUUUAGUAUUUAAAAUAUUCAUGCCCUUAAUGGAGUAGCCCAGAUUUUUAAAAUUUUGUAAAGGGAAUCCUUUAACAUGAUUGUAAUAAGCGACCAACCAUAUAACAAAUUAUAAAUCAUCCUUGGAUUGCUUAAUGA